CUCACUUGGAAAGAAAAGAGAAGGCUAUUUCGCCGUUUUUGUUUAUAGUUCGUCAUCACUCUGCUUAACGAACGCCGAGUGCACUCACUCAUAAUCGCUCCUUCGUUCGAUCAAUUCUUUCCCCAGGUGUUUUCGAAUCAAGAAACAAUGGUUGGAAUAACCAAACUGAGGAUAAAGUUUGGACCUGAAGGCUCCGUCAAAGCUUUCCAAACGUUUAACAACUGCACUGAGAAACCAAUCGGUAAAGAAGAAGAAGAUGUAACUAAACCCGCGAAUCAGUCCAGGAAGCGUGGACCUGACGAGCUAGGGGAGUUUCAGGCUAACAAGAAGCAGAAGCUGAACCGUGUUUUGUCUAGUCAGUGUCUUAACCUCUUGAAAUCUUUGAGAGGGCACGAGUUUGGAUGGCUGUUUGGCGAGCCUGUGGAUCCUGUUAAGCUCAACAUUCCUGAUUACUUCUCUGUGAUAUCGAAGCCCAUGGAUCUAGGCACUAUCAGUUCCAAGCUUUUGAAGAAUGUGUACAGCAGUGCGGAUGAGUUUGCGGCAGAUGUCAGGUUGACUUUUGACAAUGCGUUGACGUAUAAUCCUCCGGAUAAUUUUGUUCACGAUGUGGCGAAGGAGCUUCAGGUGAUUUUUGAGGCUAGAUGGGAAUCGCUUAGGAAGAAAAAGGUUUCGGAUUUACACGGGGAGAAAGUUACAGAAGUAAGGCAACCAGUUGAAGUGGGUUGGAUUAGACAGAGCAGCCCUGAAACGUCAGCAUCCUCUGGGAGGUUCUCUGUGGAAUUGCCAAAACAGGCCAAGGAGAAGUCCCAAAAGGUUCCUCUUUUGUUAAAACCAGUGACAAAGCUGAGCAAAAAGGAUACUCCUGUUGUCACGCCGGCAGCUUUAGCAACAAAGUUGAGGAUUAAGAAAUUCGAGCAGGGUCAUGGUUCGACUGUGGAAAACCCAAGCAAAGGUUCGACUCCAACUUCAGCCUGCAAAUGUAGUUCAUGUGGUAGAAUAACUUGCAGAUGCCUCAAGUCCUGUAACUCAUCUGGAAGUGAAGUUUCUACAUUGACGGAUUAUCUGGUAAAGGACAAUUCAUGUUCACAGGCGAGCGAGUCAGAUCCUCAUUCGAAUGGGUCUAUAAGCUCAAAGAAUGAUUGUGUCAGUUCUCAGCUUGAUACACCUUUGGAUAAAGAGUUGAAAAAGCCAUUACCUCCUAUGCCUCCGUUGCCACCUGAGAAGGCUAUUCGUGCUGCAAUACUCAAGUGUCAGUUUGCAGAGACCAUCCUGAAAGCUAAACACAGAAAAGUCCUUGACAAGAGUAACAAAUCUGAUCUAAUUAGAAUACAGAUAGAAAAGGAACAGAUGGAGAAAACUCAACGUGAAGAGAAAGCUAGAAUUGAAGCAGAGAUAGCAGCCGCUAGGCUUGCUACAAGAAUGAGAGCAGAAGCGGAGUUGAAAGAGAAACGUGAGAGAGAACGGCUUGAGCUAGAAAAGAUGGUCAAAGAAGUUGACUUAGAAGAGAAUAACGCCUCGAAGUUUAACGAGAAUAUGAUUAAUCUAUGUGGUAGCUGUGAUCCGACAAGAACUUGGUUACCUGAGUUGGGUCUGUUUUUAAUAAACGAUGAUGAUGAUUCGGAUGAGGACGACUCGGAGGUUUCUGAUGCUAUGAGAAUCGACGAUCUUGAGGAGGGAGAGAUCUUGUAAUUUCUCUAAUAGAAACCUCUUGGUUGUAAUUUUUGACCAGAACAAAGGUUAUAUUAUAAUGACCUGAACUUUCUUAAUAUAUGAAACUAGAUGUUGGUUGCUCGUAGA